CGCGGAUUAUUUCCCGUCGCGGAACGUAGCCGCGAGUGGUCCGAGAGGUCCUAGAGGUCCGACAGGUCCGAGUGGACCGCGGCUCGUUAGACGCACACUGGUCGCCUGCCGUGACAGGUCGCUCCUACACAGUGUAUUGCGCGCUGGAGUCUCAGACGGACGGUCGUCGCGGUCGGUGUGUCGUGUGCCGAGUGCUAUGUCGUACGCUGCUGCUCCGUCGGCGGUGCUGCUGACGUCGCUACUGGUGCUGUCGGUGGUGACGAGGGCAUGCUGCUCUCUGCUGCCACUCGACACAGAGCGCCUGCGAGCGAGCGUCGGUGGAUACGCCGUCAUGAACUGUCAUCUAGAUUUCCCUUUCGGAAACGAAAUACCUUAUCAUCUGCAGUGGGAGAAAGACGGCGAGGUAAUAUUUUCGUGGUACAGCAGUGAGGGCAGGGCGCAGCUGGCGGACCGCUGGGGCGGACGCGUGAGGAGGGUCUUUUCCCCAGGGCUCGGCCGCGGCUCCGUCAACAUCAGCUCCGUGAGGGAGACGGACGCGGGCCUCUACCGCUGUCGCGUCACCUUCCCCAACCGCACGCCGCCGGCUCGUAACAACGGGACCUUCUAUUACCUCGACGUCGACGGUGACAGCGGCAACCUCAUCGUCACUCCGCCCGUCAACGUCACAGUCCUCGAGGGUGAUCGCGCCGAGUUGGAAUGUCUGCCCAAGAGCCCGGAGUGGACGGUGCAGUGGUACCACGAGGGGGUGCCGGUGGAGACGCUGCCCGAGUUUGCGCAGCGGUCGCAGUUGGCGGUUAACGGCAGUCUAAUAAUGAAACAAGUCGUCAGCACUGACCUCGGCGAGUACGAGUGUCGUAUCAGUGCUGCUGACGGACAGACUCAGAGCGCUAGUGCCUUUUUAGAUGUUCAAUACAAGGCGAAAGUUGUCUAUUCUCCCAAAGAAAGGUAUUUACCAUAUGGCAAAUCGGCGAGCCUCGAUUGUCAUUUCAGUGCGAAUCCUCCUUUAACAAACCUACGAUGGGAAAAAGAUGGUUUCCUAUUCGAUCCCUACAACGUACCCGGCGUAUUUUAUAGUAUAAACGGUAGUCUGCUCUUUAAUCAGGUAGAUGAAUCCCACGAGGGAAUGUACUCAUGUACGCCUUACAACGUGCUGGGGUCGGCGGGUCCGUCAGCCGAGGUCCGUGUGCGCGUGGCUCGUCCUCCGGCGUUGGUCGUGCGACCUCUGCCUUUGUACUUGGUGAGGCUCGGAGCUACUGUCACGUUGCCUUGUGCCGUCGCCCGCGAGCCGCAUCACGCACCACCAGCCAUUCACUGGAUAAAGAAAGAUGGAACUCCUCUGCCUGAAGGACGUUAUUCGCUAAGCGAAGGCAAUUUGACCAUCACUCAAGUAUCGGAAGAAGACCGCGGUGUCUAUGUGUGCUCUCUGAGUAACGAGGCCGACGAGCUUGCCGUUGAAACUGAGUUGUUGUUAGAAAACGUACCUCCGCGUGCGCCCUACAACCUCACGGCCAAGUCCACUGCCAACUCAAUUCACCUGUCGUGGGUUCCAGGACACAAUGGCAUGGACGUCGAGUACAACGUGUGGUACCGCGAGCGAGCGGACAGCGAGUGGCGCACAAUGAAACUCUUGUCGCGAGGCUCAACUCAUGCUACGUUGCUAGCGCUUCGCCCCGCCACCGAGUACGAACUGCGAGUACUCUCACAGGAUCACAUCGGCGACGGUUUAUUUAGUAAACCGAUAUUCGUGCGGACCAUAGAUUCUGAUCCCGGUGAAGAUAGAAGUACUACAGCCGGUGUUUCGGCCACUGUAACAGAAGGCAUUAUGAACACGGGCACCUCUUGGAGUAGUGCAACCAACGAGGCGAGCGGAGCGACGCUCGGCUCGGUGAGUGGUUCGGUCGGAGGUCCGAUCGGAGGGUCGGGCACCUUGGACGAGCUCGGGGUUACCGUCCGGCUCAUCGAGGAAGGAGCGCUGAUCCGAUGGAGUCGCGCGCCUGGAGACGACACACUCUGCUCAGUGCGUUGGUACGACACCGACGAACCGCAACAUAAACUUAUAGCUGUCUUUUCGACGCAUCAAGAUUAUAUUCUCGUGAGUCCAGUAGUGGAGGGUGCGGGUUACUGGGCCGGCGUGGAGUGCGGCGAAGUCAUCGGAGGCACGGGUGUGCAGGUCCCGCAGUACACCCGCCUGCGGGGAGUAGCGGCAGGGUCCGCGGCUGCGGCGCUCCUGCUGGGAGCCCUGGCCGCCGCCCUGUGCCUGGCCCGCCGCCGCCUGCGACCUCACGCCCGCGACAAACGCUCCCGCUAACCACAGCCACCUCUGGCCGACUUCGGAUGCUGUGUAUGGAACGUUCAGUUGUCGAUGACACUCUGUGACAUAGUCCGCGACCGACAACGACCCAGUCCAAUAAUGAGAUACUUUUAAAUGUAAAGUAAAAGAUAAAAAGUCGGUGAUGUUAGAUUUUAAUAAGAUUAUGAUAUACACGUUAAAAAGUGAGUGAGAUAUUUCUUAUUUAUUGUGGUCGACGAACGGCCGAUUUAUGUACGUCAAAAUAUCACCAGCCAUCAAAAGUUGCAAAUUAACACAAUAGAUUUUUUUCAUUGUUUAGUUUUUUAAGAAAUUUACUUAUAUUUCUAGCUCGAAAUAUAGUAAUUAUUUGUGAAAAAUUUAGACAGACUUUUUAAGUCACAGCUUUUUAUAUAUAAAUGUACUUCUUCGUGUGUUACGUCAAGGUCUGAGACUUGAAACAUGACACGAGAAUCUGUUCCCGCUUAAAACGAGUGAAGGUCCGAGGGUGCGACAUACUAUUCUAAUAGUUUUUACUCGAUUUAAAAACAGGAGAAGUUUAGAAUUCGUACGUGUAUAUAGUUUUCCCAAGUAGUUUACAAUCAUGUUAAAUUUUCCUUAAUAUUAUAUUCUUAUCUCCAGAUUUACUUUAUACUAAUGAUAGAAGAUUUGUAAUAUUGUAGUUAGACGUCUUACCGGGUACAAGCUUAGCGAAUAAGUUUUUCUCAUACUGAUGCGUUAAUUGUGAGAAGUUAUGAAUAUAUUCUUGUAUGCAUACAAUUAUUGUAAGUUAAUCUUUACACAAUCUUCUCUUAGUAGCGCACACUUUUUAUAUCGAUGUCCUAUUCCUUUCCUUUUGUUUGUGACACUGUGUCGUGUUAAAAUCUAACAUCAUUGGAGUAAAGAUAAUAUUAGGUGGCAAAGGAAAAUGUAUCAGUAGUACAUGUUUUUCCUUUUUUAAUUCUUUCACAAAACACAUGACACAAGACGAAAUAAACAAGUUUACUUUUUUAUGAGUUUCUUCAAACAAGAAUUAUGUUGUGGCUUACUUUUUAAAAAUAUCCAAAUGUAACUCAGUGUUCUGUGUAACAGCUUUAACUCUGUUAUCUAUUAAUAUAUUAGUUAAAAUGUUAA